AUGGCGUCCUGUGUGGCCAUGAGCACUGAAGAGAAGGGGAAGAUCAGAGAGGAGUGGAGGAAGAAAAAGCAGGAGAGAGAGAGAGAGAGAGAGAAGAAAGGGAGGAGGGGGCGAGUCGGGGUGGCUAUGGCCAUGGCGGAUCUUGCCACCGCCAUGAUCCUCCUGGUGACGAAUGGGGGCGCAAUGAAGGGCGGCAAGGUCGACCUGUCCAAGAUGCGCCGGAGCAUGUCGUCGUGCUUGUCACUGAUCCUCCAGCCGCUAUCCUCGUCGUUGUCCGCGGCAUUCCGGCGUGCCCGAUCGAUGCCAUCGAUCAAGGCGCUGGCGGCAGCAGGUGCGCUGCGGCAGUGGUGGGAGUUGAGACUUGGUUGGAUCAUGACCAGGAAACCCUACUUCACGCGUGCCCUCGAGAUGAGCGUGGUCGUGGCCGCCGUGCUCGAAUGCCACUGCCUCAGCACACUCCGACACGUCUUCUACAAGGGACGCGUCGAUGUGCACCGCCUCCUGGGCCGCGACGGCCUCCUGCUCGGAGGCGUCUUCGUGCAGGACUUCAGGUGCGACUCCAUCAACUACGACCAGAACUUCAACAACGGCGACAUCGAUGCCAAUGCUAGUUGUUGCGCUGGACAGGAAGGAGGCCGCCGCCACGUGGCUCGUCAGGGAGAAGGCGCUGCUCAGACGCGCCCGUGCCGCCGAGGAGGACGCCUCCAGCUCCCGGCGUGA